AUGCCUAUCGCUGUCGUGACAGGAGCAAAUAGCGGCAUCGGCCAUGCUCUUGCUCAAUUACUCAUCUCCGAGGGCUACGAAGUACAUGCCGCCGACCACAUCCUCGGUCCAACCCUGCAGUCCCUUCCCUGCCGGCUCCACCGCCUGGAUCUCCGCUCUCCCGUCUCCAUCGCCGGUCUAGCAACCCACCUCGCCAGCAAACCCAUCCACAUCCUCCUCAACGUAGCGGGCGUUAUGAGUCCGAAAGAAGACGAUGCCCUACCCACCGUGACCAAGGAAAUCCUGACCACGACGUUUGAGACGAACGCCUUUGGGCCCUUGUUGCUUACCCAGGCGUUACUGCAGAGUCUAUUGUUGGGCGCGGAGGAUGCGGACGGAGGAGGUGCGAAGGUGGGGAUUGUUAGUAGUCGGGUGGGAAGUAUAGGCGACAACUCAACCGGCGGCUCGUACGCUUACCGCGCCUCCAAAGCCGCCGUCAACAGUGUGGGAAAAUCCCUCGCGUGCGAUCUGCAAAGCCAGGGAAUCGUCGUGAGUCUGUUGCAUCCUGGCAUCACGAAAACGAACAUGAAUCCUGCGGCAGAUGCGGAUCCGGAAGCGGUCGAAGCGGAGGAGGCCGCGGCGAAGUUGUGGGCGAUCAUGAAGGAAAAGGGGAUUGAGGAUACGGGCAAAUUUUGGCAUAGGGAAGGACAUGAGCUGCCUUGGUAG